CAACGUGUAAACUCUGCAACUUGCAGCCGUUUGAGAAGCCCUUAGGACCCCGGACCGUCUAGUCCCCAGACCCACGGGAGGAGCGGACAGAGGCCAUCACCAUGGAGAUAGUCUACGUGUACGUGAAGAAACGCAGCGAGUUUGGGAAGCAAUGCAACUUCAGCGACCGACAGGCGGAGCUGAGCAUCGACAUCCCACCCAAUCCGGAACUUACAGACCAGUUUGUUGUACGGGAUCCUGUGGACACAGGAAUUCAGUGUUCCUAUGACAUGUCAGAGCAUGAGGUCAACACAGAAAGGUUUGAGAUGGAGACCCGAGGAAUUAAUCACUUAGAAGGGGGCUGGCCCAAAGAUGUGAACCCACUAGAACUGGAGCAGACAAUCCGAUUCCGGAAAAAAGUGGAGAAGGAUGAGAAUUAUAUCAAUGCCAUCAUGCAGCUUGGUUAUGUGAUGGAGCAUUGCAUUAAACAGAACAAUGCCAUUGAUAUUUAUGGAGAGUAUUUUGAUGAAGAGGAUGCAGUAGAAGUGUCUGAUGAGGUUCUUUCAGCCAAAACCAUCAAUGUUUUCAGGGACCCAUAUGAAAUCAAACGUACAGCAACUCACCUGUCCUGGCACCCUGAUGCAAACCGGAAGUUAGCUGUGGCAUAUUCCUGUCUGGAUUUCCAACGGGCUGAUGUAAACAUGAGCUAUGACUCAUUCAUCUGGGACCUGGAAAACCCAAACAAGCCAGAGCUCACCCUGAAGCCAUCUUCUCCCCUGGUGACCUUGGAGUACAACCCCAAGGAUGCACAUGUCCUGAUUGGAGGCUGCUACAAUGGGCAGAUUGCCUGCUGGGAUACUAGGAAGGGCAGCCUGGUGGCAGAACUGUCCACCAUUGAGUUCAGCCACAGGGAUCCUGUGUUUGGUGCCCUCUGGCUGCAGUCGAAAACAGGCACGGAAUGUUUCUCAGCCUCCACUGAUGGACAGGUCAUGUGGUGGGAUAUCCGUAAAAUUAAUGAGCCCACAGAAGUCCUGGUCAUGGAUGUCUCCCGAAAGGGCAUAUUAGAAAAUGCCUUGGGGGCCAUCGCCCUUGAGUUUGAGCCAACCAUGCCAACCAAGUUCAUGGUGGGAACUGAGCAAGGGAUAGUGAUCUCCUGCAACCGAAAAGCCAAGACCAUCGCUGAGAAGAUUGUGUGCACCUUCUCUGGCCACCAUGGCCCCAUCUAUGCUUUGCAGAGAAAUCCUUUCUACCCCAAGAAUUUCCUGACUGUUGGUGACUGGACAGCCCGUAUCUGGUCCGAAGAGAGCAGGGAGUCAUGUAUCAUGUGGACCAAAUACCACAUGGCUUAUAUAACUGAUGGAGCUUGGAGCCCACAAAGACCAGCAGUUUUCUUCACGACUAAAAUGGAUGGAACUGUGGAUAUCUGGGACUUUGUAUUUAAACAAAGUGACCCUGCCCUCAGCCUUAAGGUGUGUGAUGAACCCCUGUUCAGCCUUAAGGUGCAAGAUAAUGGCUGUUUCCUUGCCUGUGGAUCCCGGCUGGGGACUGCAACCCUGCUGGAGGUCUCUCCAGGACUAUCUACCCUCCAAAGGAAUGAGAAGAAUGCUGUCUCAUCAAUCUUUGAAAGAGAAACUCGUCGAGAGAAGAUCCUAGAAGCUCGGCACAGAGAGAUGCGCCUGAAGGAAAAAGGCAAGACUGAGGUCAGGGAUGAAGAAGGGGAAGAAAUUCAAAUUAACCAGGAAGAGCUGCUGGCCCAAAGUGAGGAGGAGUUCUUUGAUGUUAUCAAUACUGAGAUCAGGAGGAAAGAAGCUGCUCUUAGGAAAGCCAGAGCAAAGAAAGGUUAUGAGGAGCUAGAAUUUGAAGAAGGAGAAGGAGGAGGAGAAGGAGACCUAAGGACGCUCAGUAACCCGUACGGAGGGUCCCGGGGUCCGAGCGGCGCCCGGAUGGCUGGGAUGCGGGCUGGCUCCCGCACAGCGGAGCCUCUGGAGGCGGCUCCCGGAGGCCGGAGGAGGUUCCAAGGCGGGAAGGGCACGGAGCGAGUCCGCGCUGCGGCUGCCAGGGGCGCGGACACUGGUCCCGCGCAGUGGGCAGCGGCUGGCUGGGCGGCAGCCGAAGUGGGAGGGAAGGAGGCUGGUGGGGUGCGGGCCUGA